CAAGCCGUCCAGCCCGCAGCUCCUCCAGCUCCGUUGCCGGCGAGCUUCUCCCAGCAGCUCCGCCGCGUCCUCCUCGCAGCCCCGCAGCGCCCAGUUUCCGGCAACCGUGUCCCAAGCUCCGCAACCACCAUCUCCGGCGCCGCAGCUCAAAACCGACCUCUGUCCGCCACCACGAGCUCGCAACGGCAAGCUCCAUUUUUGCCGGCGACCCACAUCGCGGCAGCGUCGUCCCCAGCUGCACUCCACCUUCAAGCUCCCAGAUCCGGCGACUGCUCCGCCGCGGUUCUCGCAGCUCCGCCUCCGGCCCCUUCCCAGCUCACCAGCGCCGGUGACUUCCAGCCCCCUCUCGCGUCCCGACGACCAGACCCGACCGGCUUCUUGCUCCGUUUUUCUCCCAUUUUCUAGUCCAAUCUGUUCUUUUCCGAUCUCAGCUCCACCCGCAGAGCGGGAUCAGUCAGUAGUCGCAGCCCAGUUCCGGACUUACGCCCCUCCGGUCUUCACUGGAGAGGAGGGCCCGUUGGCCGUAGGAGACUGGAUCUGCAAGAUGGAUCAUAUUUUCCGGAUGAUGGGCAUAUCCGACCAGCACAUGGUCUCUUGUGCCGAGUUUCAGAUAGAGGGUGCGGCCGGAGACUGGUGGGACGAUUACUGGCAUCUCAGGACAGCUGACGAGCGAGACCAACUGACUUGGGAUCAGUUUAAGGGGAUUUUGGAGGCCAAGUACUACCCUCGCCACUUUCGCGAGAGGAUGGAGCGAGAGUUCUAUGAAUUGCUUCAGGGAGACCGUUCGGUUGAGGAGUACGAGCGGGAGUUCGCUCGUAAGAGCUCCUUUGCACGCCAUCUUGUGGACACCAACGACAAGAAGGCCUCCC